ACAAACAAAUGUUCGAUUUUUUGCUCUGCGUGUGUGUGUGUGUAUAUGUAUAGACAUAUACAUACACACCCAUUAAUCACACUCCCCCCCCAAAAAAAAGAAAAAGAAAAGAAAAAAAGGAAAUGAGAGCAUCUAAAACUUCUAAUAUAAACCACAGCAUAAAAGCUCAAGAUCUCACUCAAAACUCUUUCCAUUUUUCUCUCUACCUAUAUUUUAUCAUUCCUCCAUUAGUAUAAAUCCUUAUUGGUAAACCACAGAUCGAGAUUGUUCAAAAGUUCUUUCACCCUUUAUCCAAGAUUGGAAAAGAGAGUUAAUCAGUGAUCUUUUAGGUUUUUGUCAGAGGAAUUAUGGGAAGGGGCAAAGUUGAGCUGAAGAGAAUAGAGAACAAAAUCAACAGGCAAGUAACUUUUGCAAAGAGAAGAAAUGGGUUGCUCAAGAAGGCUUAUGAACUCUCAGUUCUUUGUGAUGCUGAUAUCUCUCUCAUCAUCUUUUCUAACCGUGGGAAGCUUUAUGAGUUUUGUAGCAGCUCUAGCAUGGUGGAAAUGCUUGAAAAAUAUUAUCAAUGUAGUUAUGGGGCACAAGGAAUUCCGAACCAACCAGUCCACGAGAUACAGAGCUACCAAGAGUACUUGAAGCUGAAAGCAAGAGUUGAUGUUUUACAAAGGUCUCAAAGAAAUCUUCUUGGGGAAGAUCUGGCUCCAUUAGACACGAAGGAGCUUGAGCAGCUAGAGCAUCGACUCGAAACAUCUUUAAAGCAGAUCAGAUCAACAAAGACCCAGUUCAUGAUCGGUCAGUUAGCUGAUCUCCAGAACAGGGAACAAAUUUUAUUGGAAGCCAAUAGAAGCUUAAGAAAGAAGUUGGAGGAAGGUAGCUCACAAUUCCCAAUUCGACUUGACUGGGAACCCAGCUGCCAAAGCGUUCACCUUCCGGCUAACUCAGGAGGCUUCUUUUAUCCCCUGCAAACAAAUUCUUUUGGAUAUCAUCCAUUGGCAACAGAGGAGGUAAGUUUUGUUGCAGGUCAUAACCAAAAUGUUAGUGGAUUCAGUAUGCCUGGAUGGAUGCUUUGAAUUGUUGUUAUUCUGCAUCAAACUUGAAUUUGCUAAUGGUGUUUCAAUUUUUCACUUCAUUUUUAUGGGUUGUGAUCAGUUUUAUAAAGCUUGUAACUAUUGCUUGUUGAAGACAGUUACUAUAUGUAUGUACUGUAAGUAAGUAUAUGUUUGUAUGUUGUAAUGACUUAAAACAUGGCUGAUAUUUUUAAUUAUAUUUCUGAUAAA